CCUCUGCUGCUGCUACUGUGACCUGCUGCAGUUUAGUCAACGAGAUAUUAUAGCUGGAUAAAAAUCCCAUCGGGAUUUAAUAUGAUGCCGUUCCGAUAUAUGUGUCCUCACGGUGGCUGUGCAUAGAGUGACCCGGCAGAGGUCGUCAUGGAGUAGCUGUAGUUGAGGGGCUUUGUUAAAGGCAGUGCGACUGGGAGCAAAGAACUGGGACAGGGAGACUUUGGUGCUACUAACGUUAGCUAGCCGAGCAACUUAGCUAGACGUUUUUACUGCUGCGACAGGUAUUAUUAUAAGUUGUUUUGUGUGUGUGUGUCGCUCCAUGUGUUGUCUUCUUCUGGCCGUCAGCUCACUUUAUAUUGCUGUGUUUUCGUAGUUGUUAUUGUUAGCGUUGGCGUUAGCCGUCAGCUGUCGUUGGCUGCUGCUAGCUAAUGUGUAGCUAUAGUUAUUGCCUCCCAGUGGUGGAAAAAGUAUUCCGAUCUUUUAACGAUUCAUUUAGUAGUUUGAGAUCCGUAAGGGAUUCUCAAAGCAGCAUGGCUCCCAAAGACAUCAUGACCAAUUCCCAUGCCAAAUCCAUCCUCAAUGCAAUGAACUCACUUCGCAAGAGCAACACACUCUGCGACAUCACUCUGAGGGUGGAGAACACUGAUUUUCCAGCUCACCGAAUCGUCUUGGCUGCCUGCAGUGACUAUUUUUGUGCCAUGUUCACUAGCGAGCUUGCAGAAAAGGGGAAAUCUUUUGUCGACAUUCAGGGGCUCACGGCAUCCACUAUGGAGAUCUUGUUGGACUUUGUCUACACAGAGACUGUGCUCGUCACGGUGGAGAACGUACAAGAGCUGCUCCCUGCAGCGUGUUUGCUACAGCUCAAAGGGGUGAAAAGAGCGUGUUGUGAUUUUUUGGAGAGCCAACUCGAUCCUUCCAACUGUCUGGGCAUUCGAGACUUUGCAGAGACGCACAACUGCCUUGACCUGAUGCAGGCCGCUGAGCUCUUCUCCCAGAAGCAUUUCUCCGAGGUGGUUCAGCAUGAGGAGUUCAUGCUGCUGAGCCAGACAGAAGUGGAAAAGCUAAUAAAAUGUGACGAAAUUCAGUUGCAGAAGUCUCUUGAAUUGUUGCCACUAGUCUUGCCACAAGUGGACUCGGAGGAGCCUGUAUUCGAGGCCGUGUUAAAUUGGGUCAAACACAACCGCAAAGAGCGGGAACCCUACCUGCCAGACAUGCUUGAGUUUGUUCGGAUGCCGCUGCUGACCCCGCGCUACAUUACAGAUGUCAUUGAUACUGAGCCUCUCAUUCGGUGUAGCCUGCCAUGUCGAGACCUUGUUGACGAAGCCAAGAAAUUCCACUUAAGACCGGAGCUGAGGAGUGAGAUGCAAGGCCCACGCACACAAGCCAGAUUAGGUGCCAAAGAAGUCCUGCUGGUUAUCGGUGGGUUUGGCAGCCAGCAGUCACCAAUAGACAUAGUUGAAAAAUAUGAUCCCAAAACUCAAGAGUGGAGCUUUCUGCCUAAUAUUGCACGGAAACGGCGUUACGUGGCCACAGUUUCUUUGCACGAUCGAGUCUAUGUGAUCGGGGGCUAUGACGGCCGGUCGCGGCUCAGCUCCGUGGAGUGCCUGGACUACACAGCGGAUGAGGACGGUGUUUGGUACACCGUCGCCACCAUGAAUGUUCGGCGAGGCCUUGCUGGAGCUACAACACUUGGAGAUAUGAUCUAUGUUGCUGGUGGCUUCGAUGGCAGUCGGCGUCAUACCAGCAUGGAGCGAUAUGAUCCAAACAUCGACCAGUGGAGCAUGCUGGGUGAUAUGCAGACUGCUAGAGAAGGAGCUGGUUUGGUGGUGGCCAGCGGGCUUAUAUACUGUCUAGGUGGCUAUGAUGGGCUAAACAUCCUGAAUUCGGUGGAGCGGUAUGACCCACACACAGGCCACUGGACUAGUGUCACACCCAUGGCCACCAAACGGUCAGGGGCCGGUGUGGCUUUGCUCAAUGACCACAUUUAUGUAGUGGGAGGGUUUGAUGGUGUUUCACACCUUGACUCCGUCGAAGUCUACAACAUCAGAACAGACUACUGGACCACUGUAGCCAGUAUGACGACUCCUCGGUGUUACGUAGGAGCCACCGUUCUCCGAGGGCGACUCUACGCCAUCGCCGGAUAUGACGGGAACUCUCUCCUCAGCAGUAUCGAAUGUUACGACCCAGUUAUCGACUCCUGGGAAGUUGUUACCUCGAUGGCGACCCAGCGGUGUGACGCGGGCGUCUGUGUUCUACGAGAAAAGUGACGUUUGCCAAGAACCACAAGAGGAAAAGCAAGCGGGAGGGCAGGCAGCUAAACUGUGCUUAAAUGCCUCUAAAACACAGCCGCAAAGGGAGAUGUCUGUUCACCAGUAUGCAAAUAGAUACCCUCAAAAGAUUAUGAAGCGCAACAGUUUGAGCCGCCUCCUCCAAAGGACGGUUAACCCUCCGCGAGUCGGACCGUGCUACAGAGAUUCAGCUUCACCGUGGUAGACUUCACCUCAAAAGAGGCCUCCAAGGAGCCCAUCAGGACAUGCAUGACUCUCUUCUGUGGUACUUGUGUCUGUCGUUACCUGUGAGAUUAUUUUUUCAGUUUGUCUUCAAAGUGCAAUAUAUUUCUACUCAUGAUAAGAAAACAAAAUACAGUGGAGCAGAUUCAGGCUCCAGUUGCUGCUAUAUGCCUUAUGACAUUGGCCUACAUCAAGCGGUGAGCAUCCAUGUUGCCUCCCAUUUGACUUUGAUGAUCGUUGCCCUACAUUAGCUUGUUAUCGGGUGAACUCAUUUGGCAUUUGCAACGUCGUUAAUGAGUCAGUAAUUCAACCCCUACCCGUAAACAGUGCUUUUUAAUUAAAAUAACUUUAAUAUGUUUCAUACAUAUUCUCUCUCUCUCUCUCUCUCUCUCUCUCUCUCUCUCUCUCUCUCUCUCAGAAGAUAUAUUUAGAGAUGUUUUUGUUUUAGAAAAUGACUGAUUUGUACCCAUUGGUUCUUGAUUCAUUUGUUCCUCGAUUUGGCAACUUUGAAAAUUCAAGUAUGAGGUGCUUGUGAUUUAUUUUUCUUUCCUCAGAGUAUAGAUUUGGAUGUAAAUGUAUGAUACACUCCUAACAUCACUGUUGCCUGGGAAGUAAAUAAACACAAUGAGAA